AUGUGUACCGCGAGUCCUUCGGACGACGAGUUUUGGCCUAUGGCCUCAACGGGCAGUUUCUUCCUGCCCUGCCACGUGACACGUACAAACGACCCCAGCACCAUCUCCAAUCUGUACAUCACCGUAAACGCGCGGUACAAUCACUUGGAGCUAACGUGGCGCAACUUCAACGAUCCCAACGGGUACAUCGUGCUGGCGGAGGACUACCCAAUCAGCGCAUUCCAGCGCCGGGUGCUGAAUCUUCCCUGGGUGCCAAUAACCUUCUGGGAGUAUAGUUUUGGACGGGAUAAGAAGAGGGGUAUUUACUCGGUUAAGCCUACGGUGUCAAGCGGGUGGAUCGAGACUUAUGUUACCUUCAACCGAAACGUAUUGGACAAGGUCGACUUGAAUACCAGCUGUUACGGAUACUACGGGUACUUCGUGGAUUACAACGGCUCAGUCAAGUCUGUAUAUUGCAUGAAGUUGCACCCAACGUGGAUGUCCGACCAACGAGCCAAACUGGGCAGGUUUCGACUGCGAGAGCUGUUUAUUCCGGGGACCCAUGACUCAUCUUCGUACAGGGAAGGCUUGCCUCCGUUACUUUGGGACACCCCAGUUAAUAAGUACAGCAUAACUCAGGACGACAGCAUUCGAGAUCAGCUUCUGCAAGGAGCUCGGUACAUCGACCUGCGACCUGCGUUCUACCCACUGUUGAAGCCUCCGUUCUACGCGAAUCAUGGAGUCGUUAGCUUCCACCCUCUGCAGGUCAUUCUGAGACAGGUUCGGGACUUCGCACUGAAGACAAAUGAGAUCAUCAUACUGGACGCCCAUGAGUUUCCGGUGGGCUUCCGGAAUAACAACGUACACGACAAGUUGGUGCAAUACCUGAAGGAUUCCCUAAGUGACGUUCUGGCCGAUCCGGCCAUAGGUUGGAACUCGAGUCUGGAGGACAUCUGGACUCGAAAUCGGACUGUAGUCCUAACCUACAACGACAAUUACGUUGCGUCCAAGUACGCGGACAUAGUGUGGAGUCCGGUACGGCAGAGGUGGGGAAACGUCCAGAACGUGACAAAGUUGAAGGACUACUUGUACGGGGUUCAUCAGGAGGGGGCUUCCUCAAUGGUGGUAGCCGAUAUGGCCGAGUUGACCGCGACUACGCUGGGAGCUGUGACCGGAGUUAGUCCGGGGUUGCGGGAAAUGGCCGAUUCGGUCAACCGUCACGUGACUCGGUGGUACUUUGAGGAUCUCGGACCAACGACGAACGUGGUUGCGGUUGAUUUUCUUCGUGGGACUAGUAUUGUGGAUGCGGCACUGUACUGGAACCUCAAAAAGGUGACUUGAUAAAAUACAUUUGACUUUGAAAGAGCUUGGAUAAGCCACAAAACAAGUUAUUCAUAGACUCAUUGAAGAGAUAGAACGGCACCACCUGUGUCGGUACAGCACUUCUCCGAAAAUUCACCUUGAAAACAAACGGCAAACUCUCGGAUCUAGAUAAGGAAAACAUUUGUCUACACCUCUACAAAAGCAAACAGUUCUGGAAGCCAUCCAACUUUGAGCAUCCUUCCAAGAGUUACGCUACUAAUCUGUUCUGCCACAGUGACUCCGUUGUCUCUAGCGAUACCAAGCUCCCCAGUGGGUUAAAAUUUUACCCAAAGUGGUUAAUUUUAUAAAUAUGACACCACCCUCUCGCACUAACAGGUACUCCAAUCUUCAGCGAGCUAUCCAUCGCCACCGUAACUGGGUCACAGAUCCAACGAGUCGAGUUGGCUGAAAGUAUUUUAAUAUAAUGUCUGAGAUACCUUAUCUCAAUUUCUCUAUCACCAGUCAGUGGAAGGGCGUGCUGAGCCGAGCCAACUAACUAACUAUCUAACAAAGCUCAGCCAAAGUUGCCACUUGUAGUGGCUCGUUCGAACGGUGGCGCACUGGUCGGAUGUUUUCAC